AAAACAUGGAAGUUGCAAAAAUACAACAACCUUUAUCUGUUAUUUGUCCAAAUUUCCAACAUCUUCCUCUGUUGAUCAUUUUUUUGUCUGAUUGAUUCUCUCCAGGCGGCGUUUCUGAACCGGAAAACAUGAGCCGUCUCCGAGCAUUUUCUGCGCCGGAUUUAGUCCCUUCAGAUUCUGGAUCUAUUACAUCAUCACCAACAAGAACCAUAGAGCACCAAUCUCAUGAAGAUUCUGGUUUGGAAGGAAUCACUACGAACGUGAAGCUACUGCUGAAACUCGUUCAAGAUCACAACGAAGCAACAUCGAGGCACCACGAUGAUUGGAAAGUUCAGAGAGUCAACACUAUGAUGACGAUUCUCGAUGAUCUAAAGACACGAAUCCAGAAAGCUCAACAACAAUCAUCAUCUGGGAAAAAAGAGCUUAGACGAUGCUACACCGAUCUGAAACGGAGUCCUGAUCUAACCAAGAGUCCAACAAAGCCACCACAGAACGAUCCUGAAGAUAUUCAGAAACUGAGAAAAGAGUUAAGCGCGAGUAUGGCUGCAAGAAAGAGUCUUCAAAUGAUGUGUUCAAGUUUAGGGAAGGAGAAAGAGAUAAUGGCUUUGGAGCUUUCGAGGAAAGCUCACGAAUUAAACGAAAUGGAGGAGCUUGUAAGUGAUUUUAGGGCUCAAAAUGAGAAAUUACUUAAGAAAGUGCAGAAUUGCGCGGUAGAGCAUAAUAAGGAGAAGAAAGAAGAUAUUGAUGGUCCAGGUCCAGGAGACAACAAUGUGCCUCUACAGGGAAGAAACAAAGAGUUGUCUGAACAGCUACUCAAAUCUAUUGACGGAUACCGAUCUCUGAAAAGGAAAUACAAAGAUGUUCAAGACGAAAAUGGAUCAAUGAGACGAGCGCUUAGAGAUUAUGCAGAAGGAGUGAAUGUUGGGACUCAGAGACUAACCAAGUUGCAUGAAAAGAUCACAAGAGAAGAUGAAGUGAAUAUUGAGAAUGAGAUUUCAAAUUUAGAGAAGUUGUUUCAAGGGCUUGGUUUAAAGAUUUUGAAUCAUUCCCAGAACAAGUAAAGAAACAGAGAUUUUCAUUACUGUAUCAAAAUAUAGAUUCUACUCAUAUAAUUUUGGAAAUUUUUGUCAUUUGUAUUCUUGAUAGGUAACAAGAAUUCUAAGAUUUGUCUUUAGUAAUUUGCUCAUAGGUCUAUUGGAAGCCGUAAUCCGUCAUGAGCAAGCUGUACAUGGAUUCCUUCCCUAGAAAUCAACAUAGUCUCUAUUAGCAUUCAACGAUGUUGAUUUAUAGAAAUCUUAUAACAUUGUUUCAUUGCAUACCUUAGAGACCAUUCUGCAAGUAUCUCAUUGUAUUCAUGGUGAUCAAACUCGUGUGUCAUACCCGUUAAAAGCGCUCUCUU